AUGAUGAAUAACAACAAUAACAACAAUUUGGGUUAUCCACACUUCUCGGGAUUUGUUCCUCUCCAACAACAACAACCACAACAACAUCAACAUUUCAAGGUCUACGUCUUUGAGAAUACCAGUACUAGCUCUCAACAGUUGGAUAUUCAAAAAGCGACCAAUAUUCAUCGUUUAGUAAUUCCUUACUUGACCUCUUUCCACGAAUUUCUCAAAUUCUUAGAAGAGAGAAAGAUCAUUGAGAUUCAAACCACUCAAGAACAACAACAAACCGUCUUUUACUUGGAUGAUGAAAAUCAAUGGGUAACUGUCGCCAACGAGGAUGAUUGGAACAUUCUCUGGAGCUUGUUGAGAGGUCAGAAAGUCAUCAAGGUUUCCGUCGUGAAGAAGAACAAGAAGGAAAACAACACUCCUCAACCAACUGCUUCUUCUCAAGCAGAAGAACAAGAACAACAACGAAAUUUCUUCUUCCCAUGGUUCGGAGCUCAACGCAGAGGCUCUGGUUGUCCAAGAAGAAGAUUCCAUCAACGCCAACAACAACAACAGCAACAACAGGAAACUCCAGUUGAAAUUGAAAUUCCAUUGUCUAAUUUGAUUGAUAACGUAUUGGGUUCCUUCUUCCCAAAUACUUCAGCUGCCUGCACUCCUCAAACAGAACAAGGAAAGACUGAGGAAAAGAAGGAAGGAAAUUGCUGUAAUGCAACAAAUAACAAGCAUGCUUCUCAAUCUGAAAGAGAAUCCGCUCAAUGUCCAUUUGCCUCAUGCAAUAGAUCCAACGGUGGUCAUCCAUUCGCUCACUUGUUCCCAUUCCUUAGCGGUGGUAGAGGAUUUGGUCAAUGUUUCAACAAUGGCAAUGUCACAUUCUCUCCUGAACAGCGAGAACAAUUAAGACAACAGUUUGGUGGUCUCAUUAACUUGGCAAAAGAUAACAUUAACAACAUUCCACACUUUGGAGUUUCUUGUGAUGGAUGUAAUCAACGUAACUUUGUUGGACAACGAUGGAAGUGUCAAGACUGUGAAGAUUUCGAUUUUUGUGGCAAGUGUUUUGAGGAGAAAGCUCAACAACAUGCCGAAGGUUUCCACAGUUUUGUUCUUGUUGAGCCAAGAGGAAAGAACUUUGUUCAAAAUUUGUUGUCUCAAUUCGAGCAAGAGACGGUCAAUACUUCUGGAAGCAAUGAACAAGCUUCACAAGAGAAUGCAUCUGCAGAAGCCACUCAAAAUGAGGCCCAACAACCUCAACAGGAAACUGUUUUUGUGAGCGAACCAUCUGCACCUCAUUCCUCGGUUGAUGAACAACCACAAGAGCUUGUAUUGGACGAACAACUCUAUCCAUUGGUUGGCACUAACAACGACAUUGUUACUACGACUGUGACUCCAAGCGCUACUGUUCCACCAACAACUCAAAAUAUUGUUCAAGAACAGCCAUAUGCACAACAACUUUCCAUUCUCAGAGACAUGGGUUUUGCUUCUGAAGAGGUGAAUCUUCGCUUGUUAAACAAGUACAAUGGUGACAUUCAAAGAACUGUUGCCGACCUGUUGUCUUACUAUUAA